UUAUAACGUUAACAUUAACAAAAAAAGUCAAAACGUAGUCGUUUCUUUUAAUUGAUCGAGAAAAAAGCACUCUGAAGAGAGAGUUCACCAAUCAGUCAAUCACCUCCACCAUUACCACCACCAUGUUCUCUUGAGAUGCGGCUUCUUUGAGCUUUCGUUUUUGUAUACCAAAUCAAAAACAAUAAUAAAGAGAGAGAGAGAAACCACCAACAGAGCCGCCGAAGGAAAUAAAUACGCUCUCUCUCUCUCUCAUCUCGGAGCUGUGAUAACUCUCGGAAUCUGGGGUUUUUUGUGUUGAUUUGAUCAAUCGUUGUUGCGGAGAUGUUUGAUGGUAUCUUAGGGCGUGGUUUUGCUCCCAAGGGAAAACCACUGAUAAAACUGACUAAGAAUCGGAUCGAUGUUCUUCGGAGGAAGAGGAAUGCUACGAUCAAGUUUCUCAAGAAGGAUUUGGCUGAUCUUAUCAUUAACGGUCAUGACGCCAAUGCUUAUAGCAGGGCAGGAGGGCUUCUUGAUGAAUUAAGGAAUCUCUGGAAUCUUGAUUUCGUUGAGCAGACCUGUGAUUUCUUAUACAAGCAGCUCUCUACGAUGCAAAAGUUGCCGGAAUGUCCAGAAGAGUGUCGUGAAGCUGUGUCAUCGUUAAUGUUUGCAGCCUCUGGAUUUUCUGAGAUGCCUGAGCUGCGUGAACUGAGGCAAAUGUUUCACGAAAAAUACGCAGAUUCACUUGGAUUGUUUGUUAACCAAGAGCUUGUUGAGAAUAUGUCAUCAAAGCCAUUUUCUAUGGAGAAGAAAGUGAAGUUAAUGGAAGAUGUUGCAUUGGAGUUCUCUAUUCGUUGGGAUUCCAAAGAUUUUGAGAAAAGGAUUCUGAGACAGAAUAGUACUUCAGUAAAGGAGACCCCGAAAAGCACUUACGACAAGUACAAGGCUGUAGACAGAAACAUGGCCUUGCCAAAAAGAGAAGAGUUUGAAGGUUUUGAUAAUGGGCUUAGCUUGAACAGAAAAACGGCUGAGGCAUCAGAAAGAAGAGAUCCUUUGUUUCGACCUGAUAAAGAAAGUUAUCAGAAUGGUCUCAGAGGAAACCAGCAUGGGCUAACACCUAAAGAAAGGUCAGACAACGUUAGCCACGCCUCCAGAUCUGAAAGCAAGGACAAUAAGGCAGAAAGGAAAGAAUUUCAUUUGCAACCUAAGCAAGCACCUGCGAGAGAAAGACAUCAGCCUAUUUUUAACGAAGGUGACACUAUCGUGAUGAAGGUCAAGCGUGAGAAAACCGAGGUUAUUGCCCCAGAAAGGAAAGAGUCUUAUUUACAAUCUAAGCAAGAACCGUCUAGAGUAAGACAUCAACCCAUUUUUAACGAAGGUGACACUAUAGUAAUGAAGGUCAAGCGUGAGAACCAUGCUCAAGGGAAUGGACAUCAAAAUGGUGUAGUUGGUGCGCAUAAGAAAACAGAGGUUAAUGCUUCAGAGAAACUUAAGCCUAACAGCAAGUUAGUUAUCGGAUUUAAACAAGAGAGUUUCUUUCAAGGAUACAAACAUGAGAAAAAUGAAGAGCAUGCACAUCAGAAAGUGGAAGACAAUUCCUCAAGACCUCCGAAGCCAAGUAGCAAGCCAAAGAGAGCGGAAUCUUUCGAUUCAGGUUCGAGAUACCGUAAUGGUUGGGAGAGUAAAGAAAAUGCAGUUCUUGUGGGAAAGAGCAAGGAAGAAGAUCCUGCAAAGAAAGUUGAGGAGCGAGAAACAGAGAGAAUGAAAGCACCUUUCUACAAAUCCCUUCCACCUCCGUACGUUAAAUCUAUUAGUAAAGGAAGGAAUGAAAAAGCUGAAGCUUCAGAGAACACUGAGGCUCGUUUUGAUGGCAAAGAAGCAAAUCAUCCAGGCAUUGACGAGAAUAUUUCUGGGGUAGAGAAGGGAAAUGAAGGAGGUCAUCAUCAAAUGAAUGACAUAGAUAAUGCAUCUCUGAAACGGCGAAGUAGUAGAAGAAAACACAUAGUACAAUCAGUUGGUGAUGAUCACACAAGAAACGUAAGAAGGGAAAACUCAAGGAAAGGCCUUCAAGUCUUAGUUGACGAGGAUGCGAGGGACAGUGAGGAGAAGAUAAUGGAUAAACUUCUCAUGCAUUACAGUAAGAAGCCUUCAAGUUAUGAAAAGAACGGUGCGCAACAAGAAUCCAAAAGCAGACGUACACAUCUAAAAAAAGGAGAAUCUGAUGAAGAGAUGAUGAUUCAACAACCCGUCAGGUCACGUUCACUACCCCCUGAACAAUGGGCGGAGCCAUCUGAACCUAAGAAAACAUUUGCCCGUGCAGUCUCGUUUCAGCCAGAACGUUCCAGUGAAGCUAAGCAUGUUCACCCAAAGUUACCAAACUAUGAAGAUUUGGCUGCCAGAUUUGCAGAGCUUAAAGGAAGUUAGUUAUAUCUAUACAGUUGAUGCCUAGAAAACAUAGAUUGAGAUUAAAUAUCCCUAUUACUUACUACUACACAUGAUUGAUUUACUUCUUCAUAGUACUUUGUCCCAUAUUGCAUGUAUUAUCUUGUGUUUGUUAUAUACUAGUUGGAGCUGGGUGAGUGACACAUUGUUAUGAACCCCAAAUGUUGUUGAUCA